AUGACAUGCAUACAGGUUGAUCUUUACGAUAAUUUGGGUUUGAGACAAUUGCCACAGGACUUGAGAAAUUUCUUGCCCCGUACUGCUCCAUUUGUUGCACUUCAGGGUCUCACAAAAAGAAACGAGUUUCGUUUUAUUGUUUCGGCCACUGAUCGCCGUGCUUGGAAAACACAAGCACAGCGAUUUACAGCCCCGACUUCAUAG